UAAACGUUUUCAUCCGUCAAUCUAAGGAUUAGAAAGGGCGUUUAUUCAUCUUUUCUGCAAGUCAGAAAUUUAUGCCUCGAAGAAGGACACAGAAGAAGGAACAAAACACCAGGCCAUUUUCGAGUCAGAAUCUUUAAUAAAGAAUCGAGUCUUGCGUUUAUUCGAACAAAUAUGAAUUGAUUUUCAACAAGGGAACUGAAUGCUUCGGAAAAGGAAGAGAGUCACAUGGUGCUGUAUCAGAUCCUGAAGAAGUUUUAGAUGUUGGUUUAGUCACGGAGGAAGGGACUGAAAAUAUUAAGCCUUCUAUUGUUAAAAAGUUAAAGUAUCGAUCUGUUUUGGAGGGGGAAGCAACAACUUUUCGAUGCAAACUAGUUGCGAGACCGCCUCCUACAAUAUUAUGGUUUCAUAAUAACAAGCAAAUUCAAAAGGACCACCGUCGCCGUAUACAAACAGCGAGUAAAAUGCAUGUGCAUUUAACAAUUUUAACCAUAAGUAACAUUAAGGAGAAAGAUUCAGGGAGCUACAAAGUCAUGGCUUUUAACACGGAGGGGUCUGCAGAAUCUACAGCAUCUCUGCUCGUGUCUUUAAGGGAGGAACAAGAGGCAAACACUUUUAGUCUUUCUAGACGUUCUGAUAAAUCCUGUUCAAGCUUAGAUUCUCUUGAUCAAACAAAAGAAAGAAAGUUUCGAGUAGAUCUAAGAUGUGUCGGAUCGCCAUUUGAUAAAAUGACUAAAGGGCAAUCAAGGGGCCGUCACAGACACAAGAGUUCUUUAUUCCGCACAAUGUAUUUUAGGACUUCAUCUCCUUCGAGAGCGCCUGAAAAAGACAGUAAGCUUGAAACUGUUUCAGAACGUGCUCGUUCUCCACCGCCUAUGUUCGAAAGACCCGAGCGAUUUAGUGAUCGGUACAGUGACAUUUACUGUGACAGGUUUUCUGGUCGUGACAGGUACAGUGACAGGUUCAGCGAUAGGUUUAGCGAUAGAUGCAGUGAUCGGUGUAGUGAUAGAUUUAGUGACACGGAUAGUCUUCAUGGAGAGGUUAGAGCAAAGCUUAAUCUUUUACAAAAAGCUGUUAAAAAGAAAAAGAGGCUUUCGGUAUCAACAAUGUCCUCAACUGAAUUUGACUUUGAAUCAGUCACGAGUGAGACUAGUUUCUCAGAAUUGGCAGAACAGCAUAGGGUAAAGCCAUGUCCAUUGUCAGACUUACAGCAUGCUCGUCAUAGUGACCAAGGUGAGGGGGCCUUGAAUAGACGUUCAACAGAUUUCCUGGGAAGGUUGGAGAGAAUUAGUGGACUUGGGACACAAUCAGAGCCCACGCAAUCAAGGGUAAAGCACUCUUUUGAACCACAGUCUAGAUCCAGGGCAAUACAAAUAAUGAGAGGUGAGCUCCCGUUAAAAGAUAUCAGAACUAAGGAAGCUAACCUGUCUGGCAUAUCUGAAAUCAAAAUGAAUGAAAAAGCAAUUUUAAAAGAAGAGACAACAAAGGAGGUAAAUAUAACAUUUCAGUUGGUACAGACAGUAUUUUUGGGCAAUGGGAAGAGGAAGCCAAGGCAAAAGAACCUUUUGUGCUGCAAUGGCUUGAGGCAGGUGAAGCUUCUCAAAACAUUCCUAAAUAUAUAAAAACUUCAGAUGAGGAGACCAGAUCUAAAGAAACAUCCAGUAGCAAACCACUGACUGUAAAAGAAACAUUUAGCGUAAGUAGUGUUCCACCAAACGGUGGUAAACUUGUUCCUAUCCAGCAGUUACAACCAAGAACAAUGUCUAUAGAAAAUGUCUUUGAGAAAAACUUAGAAAGUGAGUGUUUAGAGACUGAAGAGCAAUUUUUGGCUAAACGCAUUCGACAAUGGCAGGAAGGUGUACAGUCAGAUGAAAUAGUAGCAGAUACUGCUGAAAGGUCUGAAGCAAAAGGCUCCAUUCUUCAUAAAUGUGAAGACAAAGUGCUUAGCAAACCACAAGUUGUAACUCAAAAAUUCUUAACAUCAAAUUUGACUUCUCAUAAAAAUGAGAAUGUAACUGAAUGUGAAGCACAACAGAAAGCAGGUGCGUAUAGAAAAACCGAGGUAUUAUUAAGUGAGGAUGUGCCCUUGGCCCAACAAAUAGCUUGGCAACAGGGUUAUGAGGAGGUUGAGUGGUCUAAAGAAAAUACUCAUUUGCAUCAACCGGGUGAUAAAGAGGAUUCAUCUUUCACAAGUCCUUCAAUAUCUUUAGCUACAGAACAAACCCCAGAUGAGCAUCACAGAUCAAGUGAGUUGGUAUCAGAUUCUUCAAUCACAAAUGUGAGGUCCUCAGUCAAAGAAACGCUCAAACUAGAGCAAGUAUCACAAUGUGAAAAGCAUUUGUCACCAGCUAAAAUGUCUGAGAUGAAAAGUGGAAGUGUUCUCUUGGCGGAUGAAAGAGAGACUUUAACACAAGAAGUCAUGAAAUGGCAACAAGAUCAAGCAAAGGGUCCUACACAAGAGUGGUCCAUAGAUGGAGAAUCUUGUGUUCCUAAAGCUGAAUAUGGAAUUCACAGGACGGAACCUUCAACAUUAACUGAUAGAGUUCCAUCAUUUUUAGAGCCUUCAGCCAAAGAAAAGGCUUUAAGUGAGCAUGAAAGACAUACUGAACCGUUUUUGGUGCAAGACCAAUUGACAUUUAAAAGUCAGAGUGACCUCAUGGCAAGUGAAGAGGAGCCCAUAGUCCAACCAGUUCAAAGGAAAUGGAAUCAGAGUCAUGCAGAUACAGAAAGAGCAUUGCAUUUUCACAGAUCCGAAGGUGAAAAAUACAAAAAAGGUCCUUCAGUGGAUCCCCAGAGGGAGCCUUCAUUUACAAAAGUUUCCAGAUCAUCACAAGAAAAGCCCACGUAUGAACAUGGACCACGAAGAGAGUCGAAUUUAUCACGCGAGAGAAUUAACGAGCUGAAAUGUAAGAGUGAGCGCUAUGAGAGUGAGGAGGAGGCUUUGACUCAAAGGAUAAUGAAAUGGCAGCAUGAUGUUUUGAGCGAACAAGACCAUGUCAUUGCUGUGGAGCCAGAUUGGGUGAGUUUGGUUGGGAAUGCUGAGGAUACAACUGCAAAGAAUGAUGUGGAGUCGUCCAAAAUCAGUCAGUCAUUGCCACCAAGAACAAAGGAAAUGUUCUAUACUGAUGAUUCCACUGAGGACUAUGGGCAGGGUAAGAGUAAAAUGCAAAUGCAAUUUCAGAGUGUUUCUCACCAGGAUAGUAAAAAGUUACAAACUGAAAGUGACUAUCUUGUCAGUGAAGAGGAGGCUUUAGCUACACGUAUUAAAAAAUGGCAACAAGACAUUCUAACUGAGCAGGAGGAAAGUGUUGAGCUGGACCCUGACUGGACUCCCACUGUAUCACUGACUCAAAAAACUGAUGAAGGCUUAGAACCCACUAUUGUGCAUGUAAGAGAUCCUGCUUAUAAUGGAAUGUCAUCGAAAGUUUUGUUUGAAGGAGAUCAAACCACUACUAAUACAACUUAUCCUAAAGAUUUGCCCCAGGAUAACAACGAGCAGCUAACUAAAAGCCAGAUAAAUCAGAAAAUUAAAGGUUAUCAGGGUGCUGCAAAGGACACAGAGGUCUGCAGCAAGACAGAGCAACAAAUGUUACUUUUAAAGCAAGAACCUAUGACUGUUCAAGAUAAACCAAUAAAAUUGGGUGCACCAGUUUUUCUUACAACUUUACUGCCAAAUAUAAAAGUUAGAAGAGGAGAAAUGACUGAUCUACAGUGCCAGUUUCAUGGAGACCCAAAGCCAGCAGUUUGUUGGUGUAAAGAUGGACAGGCUAUAAUAAGUGAUCCAGACUUUGAUGUACGAACACGAGAAAAAUCAUCAACAUUAACAAUUUACUAUCCAACUAAAGACCAUCAAGGCACCUUUACGUGUAACCUUUCAAACAAACAUGGAAAAGCCAGUAUCUCUUGCAUGCUGGAAGUAACUGAUGAUGAACACAAGGUUUGGUCUGAGACUCCUCAAGAAGUUCAGGUGACCAAAGAAUUAGUUUUGGCUGAAGAACAAACAAUCAAUGAAGAACUUGAGUCACUGAUGAAAGUUAGGUCAGACAGAGAGUUCUCAUUGCAAGUACCUCAACAAGUUAUCUAUGUUCCUUGCUCCUCUGAUUCAUAUAGGCACUCUUCUCCAGUAGAAAUCAGGAUAACUGCCCCAACACCAGUGCUAGAUACAACCGAGGACAUAUUCGAGCCCAUUACCAAGACCACUGAGCCUCCACCAGACGAGGGAACUUCUCAAUCUUUGAAGCACAAGUUCACAUUUUCUUUUGAUGAUCUUGGCGAGGCACCCCAUAUUUUUAAACAGCUAGAGGACAAUAGCUGUGAUGAGGGUCAGUCCGUCAUGCUUGAAUGUAUAAUAUCUGGUGAACCUGCACCGACUGUCACAUGGCUGCAUGAUGAUCUUACUCUUGACCUCAGCACUGGCAGAUAUGACUUUGAAGAGCAUGACAAAAUGUAUAAGCUUCACAUUCAUAAUUUUUUAUACUCUGAUACAGGGACAUAUACAUGUACUGCCACAAACAGGUUUGGUCAAGUUCAAAGUGUAGCUUCUGUAUUUUUAAAUUCCACAAAAUGGGGCAACACUGGGGCCCUUCCUAGCUCAGAAAUACUGGAGCAGCCAAGUUCUACUGGAUUCUCAAGUACCAUUACUCCUGCAGUUAGGCCCAAAACAUUAGUAGGGACUUCUGUAGCAUUCAAAGAAUUGUCUACUAAGGGUCAGGAAGGUGCCUUUCAGGUUUAUAGACCUGUUCCAACUAAAGAAAGCACAGGGUCUCCCAUAAGCCAUUUUAUUGCCGUUUCUGAUGCAUCUACUAUUCAACAGAAAGGUGCAGACAAAAAUAAACCAGCUGCUCAGUCAGGUGGGCCUUUUAUAACUGGAUGUGGUUUGCUCUCAUCAAGGGCAGAAGUUAAUGUGUCAAAAUUAAAACAGGCAUUUGAGACAGCAGAAUCUUUCACAGGACAGUCAGAUGAUAUAACAGUAGACUCACAGGUAAAGUCAUAUUACCCAGUGGAGGAAAUUCCAGAAUUUCAGAUCCAACCGCAUAAAGAAGAACUAAGUUCCUCAAAUAAUACUGGAUAUAUGAUUACUUCAUUAAUUACCUGCAAAAACUCCCCAUUAGAAAGUACUUCUUUAGAAACAGAAACUUUUAUUACAAAAAGUAUUGGACCGCCAAUUGAUGAUACACCAUUGGAUGGCAAACCAGACACUGGUGAUUUGCAUCAUUUCGUCCCCCUUGCACAUGUCACUGAAGUCCAACAGUCCCCAACUUUAAUCAGACCCCAGGCAAUAUUACCUGAACAAAUAAGAAACAUAAAAGAUAGUUUUAGUUGUCCUGAAAUAAAAAGUAAUCAAGUAGAGAAUGUAAUAAAAAAGGGGAAAGUAGGGGCCUUUGCUAGACCAGGUGGUAGUCAUCUUGAGAUGGAUAGCAGUGCUUUUUCCACUCAACAUGUCCCCCUGAUAAUCAAGCCAAAUGAAGUAGAGCUAUCUGCACAAUCAGGAACUGAACCAAUCAGUGAAAGCGAAAAAUACUAUAAACCGUCAAAUAUUGAAUCAAGCCAGAGUGGCACACAAGAAGAUGCUGGGACUCAAAGAAAUGUACCAGAAAUAGCAAAAUCUGUUAUGGUAAAACAGAAGUGUGAGCGUGCCAAAAAAGAACCUGUUUGUGAGAUGGCAGCAGAAAGUCUACAGUGGCAACAACAAAAAGCUGUCAAACCUGGUGCUUUUGGUAUAAGACUUGAAGAGGAAGAGGUAACUUUUAGUGCUGUUUACGACUUCUAUAACCCACCGUCUGACUGGGGAAGACCCUUGUCCCCAGAGUCUGAAAUGUCCAUUGAAGUGGGUAGCACAUUCAGUGAGGAGAUAGCAGAAAUUGAACGCUUCUACACACCCGCUUCAUCGACAGAAAUUUCUCAAUUUCCAAAAUCACCAGAAUCUUUCCACACCUCCACUGAGACUCCGAGUGGUGCCACAACCCCUCCUGGGUAUCCGUUUUCUCCAGUAGAGCACAAAAGGCCACCAAGUAUCUCCAGUAAUCGACUGUACUCUCCAGCUAAGUUUCUAAGGUCCCCAGUUGAUGAGGGCAUUGAAACAACCCCUCCUGUAUUUACUAUUGAUGAGACUAUGAUUCUUCCAGAGGGUCGGGAUUUGUUAGGUUUAGGGAGCCUUCAAGAAAAGGUACAAGGAAUUCCUCCAGCAUUUCUUAAGCCUCUUACCAGAAAAAGAGUUUUUGAAGGUGAUACAUUGCGCUUCUCUGCAGAAGUUUUUGGACUGCCAUCUCCUGAAGUGAAAUGGUUCCGAAAUAAAACAAGACUUGUCCCUGAUGACAGAACGACAAUCGAAAGAGAUGGUGAUAACAUAUCAUUGGAAAUUCAUAACAUUGCAAAAACCGAUCAAGGCGAAUAUAUCUGUGAGGCAGUUAAUUAUGUUGGUGAAGCAAAAAGUGUUGCUCUGGUUGUUGUGAGGUCUCAAGAGACAAAGAUAAUGCUAGCACCACCUGCUGUUACUCAUCAGCAUGUAAUUGAAUUUGAUGUUGAGGAAGAUGAGGAUCCGUCAAGGUCUCCCUCCCCACAAGAGAUUUUAUUAGAGGUUGAAUUGGAUGAGAAUGAGGUAAAAGAGUUUGAGAAACAGGUCAAAAUUGUCACGAUACCAGAAUAUACAUCUGACAACAAAAGCAUGAUAAUAUCUCUUGACGUUCUGCCAAGUACAUAUGAUGAGGGCGCUUUUGAUUUCAUAGCUCAGGAAAAUGACGACUAUAAAAUAGCAUUUGAGGUCACAGAGAUGCCACCACGUUUUAUCAACCCAAUAUGUGAUAUAGAGACACCUGAUAAUACAGCUGUAAUGUUUGAAUGCUCUUUGAUGGGAAUCCCUUCACCUAUAGUGACAUGGUUUAAGGGAAAUACAAAGAUCUCACAUGAUAAGAAAAAGUACAUUUAUAGCUCUGAUGGGGACAAUCACUUCCUCAAGAUCCUAAAGGUCAACCCGCAGGAUAGUGGCAUUUACACAUGUCGAGCCAUUAAUGUUGUGGGCGAGACACUUUGUAGGGCAUCACUUAAGGUCUUGAACCCACAAGUCUUUUCAGGAAAGGCUAGAGGGAGAGAACUCACUGCUGUGUCUCUGGGCAGUGCCAUAGUUCAGCCACAGAAGUUCGAUUUGGUUGUAGGAAAUUCAUCAUUUGAUGGUGACCAGCCAUCGGAGAUCGAGCUUGAGUUUGAGUUUCCGCAGGAAGCUGAUGAGUCUCAGAAAGCUGUAAGACUGGUAGCAAUGACUGAUAAUGAAGUCAGCGAGCAGGGAGAGCAUUAUGUUAGCAUAAAUUUCGAUGUCUUUGCUGAGCCCUCAAAAGAAGACAAAAUAGAAUUCAAAGGCAAAUCAACGACCAUGUGUAGUUUUCAUUUCCAGGUUACGGAAACACCACCAAAAUGUAUAAUACCACUGCAAAAUAUCACUGCAGCAGUAGGAACACCUGUGAUGUUUCAAUGUUUAGUGAGUGGAAAACCAAAUCCUACUGCAGAAUGGUACAAAGACGGUGCGCCGGUGACAAACCCUAGGUAUCUUAUUCAAGAGAAAGCAUCAGGGCACUUCAAUUUACUAAUAACAAAUGCGGUUCAAAGUGAUGCAGGUGAAUUCAAAUGCAUUAUCCUAAAUAUAGCAGGCAGCACUGAAACAAUGGCCUCACUCAAGGUCAUUUAAGUUGUUAGUACAUUAUUAAAGUACAUUACUGUGCCAAUUUAAAUAGCUCACUUUACUGAGAUUCAUUCACGCUUCUUCUAAAGCUUUAAAAUUAGAAUCCUUUGUCUCUUCAUUAAACCGAUUUUAUUGAUUUUAUCGCGAUGUGAAAUAUGUUUCAAAUCAUACAGAAGAAUGCAGAUGUAAUGUAAUAUCUUGCAUGGACUAAUUUAAGAAUAGUGGAUUCUGAAUGUGUCUACAUGAAGUCGAACUUAAUUUCAAGAAAGCAGAUAAAAAAUUACAUUGUAUUGUAUGAGAUAGAAAGGAAUUAAGAUUUAGAAAAUUUUAUUUAUUUUCACCAAUAAAUGUCCUAUAACUGUUGCUCAUUGUCAGGAAUGAGCAAUUGUAGGUUAAUACUGAAUUGCAUGAAUGCAUUCUUUUCUCUUCCUCUAUUUUACAAUGAAUGCAUUUGCAGGCUGACAUCUCAGAACUGGUUAAAUGUUGUAACGUUAAUAUAUAAAAAAAAAUGUGAAUAAUAUAUAAACUUUAAAUGUAAUAUUUAUUUAUCUAGAUUCUAGAAAAAUGUGCAAGGCUAAAUUUAUCAUGCAAACCAUAUUUUAAUGUAAUUUAUUUGUGUUGUAUAUGUUGACCUUUUAUAAAUGUUACAGACAAUUGUAAAUAACAAAAACAAGAAAAAAAAACAUGGUUGCUAGGUAUAGCGGUAGUGUGAUAAAAAACUGCUUUUGCAUGCAAAUGUACAUUGCUUAGUUAAACUAAGGCAGUACUUGACGAAGUAGGCGAUUUUAAGUGUAAAUGAAUUAAAUAUAAGGCUAUUGUUUUGUUGAUUAUAAAACUGUUUGUGUGAGUAUUUACAGUAGG